AUGAGGUGUGUCACAUAGCAGAAUAUUAAUGUUAUUAAUAAAACCAUAUGAAUUGUAGCAACAUCCUUCUUCUGAAAACCACCGCAAGUGGAAGAACAAUCACUUGAAAAACAAGGAGCAGUUCUAAUGAUCUUUUUUUGGACUUGACCUUAUUACAUGUACAUAAAUCAGUUGCACCUACAAGGCUUGAGGGUUUUCUGCACUGUACCUGUUGGGCCUUUCUGCUUCUAACCACCCUUUGAAAUGGCUGACCAACUGAAUGAAGAACAGAUUGCAGAAUUCAAAGAAGCUUUCUCUUUGUUUGACAAAGAUGGUGAUGGUGCAAUCACAACGAAGGAGCUCGGCACCGUCAUGAGAUCACUUGGUCAAAACCCUUCAGAAGCAGAACUACAGGACAUGAUCAAUGAAGUAGAUUGUGAUGGGAGUGGGACAAUUGACUUCUCUGAAUUCCUCACUAUGAUGGCCCGUAAAAUGAAAGACACAGAUUCUGAAGAAGAAAUCAGAGAAGCAUUCCGUGUAUUUGACAAGGAUGGAAAUGGCUUUAUAAGUGCGGCAGAGCUCCGUCAUGUGAUGACAAACCUAGGGGAGAAAUUAACAAAUGAAGAGGUCGAUGAGAUGAUCAAAGAAGCAGAUUGCGAUGGAGACGGUCAAGUAAACUAUGAAGAAUUUGUUCAAAUGAUGAAAUCAAAGUGAAGACUGAACAGAAUGAGUUGUAACUUCUUACAUAAAGAGGUUUAUUUGCCUUUCUUUGAGUUUUUUUAAUGUAUAUUCGAAAUGCUUACUUUACUGUCACAAACUUUGAGUACCAGCCAUGAUUUCCAUAUUAUUACAAUAUACAUUUAUAAUCUGGUUUCAGUCCAAAGCUGUUUAAGUAACGAUUCUUACAUGCAGUUCCUAUUUUAACCUGCAGAUCUAAUCCUCAUGCCAUGUAAAGAUAGAUUUUGUCAAUGAACUGUGUAUGUUGCAAUGUGGAGUCAAUGCUGAAUCUAUGCACUAAAACAUAAAACAUUUUUGUUUAAUUUUUUUUAUUAAGCAUUAUAAAAAAGCACAGAUUUAUGAUUCUGAAAUAUUACAAUUGUUAAGAAUUAAUUUACAUAGAUAACAACAUGUCUUGGGAUUUUUAACUUUUACACAACUGUAAAAGAACUUAUGUCAUGUACUUUGAAUAAAUUUACAUAUUAAAUUAUAGCGUGAUAUAUGAAUAAUUGCAAGUCUGCAUAGUUCCCUCACAUGAGGGAUGCUCUAAUUCUUACUUAUCCAGCUGUAUUGCAAUACAUUUAAUAUAGCUUGUCAUUUUAAAUAUUUCCAAGAGUGCUGAAUUCUGUCUGUAUCAUUAUGUUUUUGUUGUUUUUUUUUUCAAGUUACUUUCCUAUUGAAUAUACAUGAAAAGUUUAAGUUUAGCAAACCAAUUAAACCUGUUUAAAACAGUGAUGUUAUAAAAUACAUAAGUGGAUAUUUUUUUUUAAUAUAAGUGGCUUCAAAUUAGAAACAUAGAUUUUGCUUAAUAUACAUUUUAAUUAGAUUUUUACCCAUCCAGAAAUAUUCCAUAUGGAACACCUGAAGGUUUAUACGUGAACUGAAAUGCAUGUUGCAAAAUGUCGGUUGAAAUAUACUCCACCCAUUGUACAGCGCUAUAGAACUUGUUGGCGUUAUAUAAAUAAUAAUAAUAAAUAGCAAAGCUGUACCCAAAGCAAACAGAGAGAAUAUUUCCAUAUCAGCUAUUGUUGACUCAAAUUUGCAAUUCAGUUUUCAAUUCACCACAAUUCAGUUUUUUUUUUUUUCUUCUAACCUAUAUUUAGCAAUUGAAUAUAUGGCAAGGAUAAAGGAAUGAAAGUACUUUCCUUUAGUAUAUGCACAGUAAUGUGACUCGCUGUACAGAAAGAAAGUUUAUAGAACAAAAAAUGUCCCAGAACAACUCAUUUAAACUGAGCGACAAUAAUGUACCAUUGUAAGACUGGUAUCCAAGAGCACAGUGACUACAAUAAACAAUACACUAUAAUAUGUCAUAAUCUUCAGAGAAAUAAAACACAAUUCUAUGUUGAAUAAAUAAACUUCAGAGUGUCAAAAUUUCAUUAUUUUGUUCUUUUAGUAGAAACGUCUAAAAUGGAUAGUACGGGAUUUACACAAAUUAAUAUUCAAUGUAGUAUGCUAUACGACAGUAUAUUAUAUAAAAAAUCCAAGUCACAUGCAACAUUAGAUCAACCAAAAUUAUUAGUAUUUGUGUUGUAAAGGCACCAAAUACGUUUUAGUAAUAAUAAAAUUGUAGUAGUUUAAAAUACUUGAGUGUAACGAGGCAAUUUAGUCAAAGCUAUCAAAAUAUUGUUUUGAAAGAGAAAGUAUCUUUGAGGCUGAACGCAUAUGUCUCUCAUUGAUGUUGUAUAUGGUGUAUAUACCAAGUCACAAUAUGUAUAUGCAAUACAAUAGUCAAUAAUAACAUUUACAUAAAUGUGCUUUUAUAUAACAACUAGAAAAGAGAGUGGUUAUAUAAAUAACAUGUUUAGAAACUAUAUUCCAUUGGUAUGGCUGCAAUUUUAGAACUGAAUUGGUCUUUGUAUGUAAUCCUAAAUAUGUUUAUUUUAUUUAGUUGUUACUUUCUGAUUAAUAAUUUGCGUACAUUCCAAUUAAUAAUAAAACUGUUGCUUUAUUUUAAUCUAUAGAUUUAUUACUUUUACCCCAAAUAAUAUACACUUUAUUAUAAUCCAUAUUUUACUAAUAAGG